AUGUUCCAUUGGAGGCGGAUUGUGUUUGAUGAGUUUCACGAGCUUGAAAGCUUCGAGAGCACCCAACAGAACAGCCUGCAGUUCUUACGGUCCCACUUUCGCUGGGGUCUGACGGGAACGCCGCCUGUAGACAACAAUGCAGGCCCCAUCUUUAUGUCAUCUCUCUUCCGCAUCGACCUGCCGGGCUAUCUGCGGAUGACUAGUUCCCCUGGGGCCAUAGAUUUGGAUUCUUGGGAGGGCGACCGGCUUCUCACCGAAGCGUCUGCACGUUUCUUGGAUGACUAUGUCCGACAGAAUACAGCAGAGCUGCCGCACAUCCGCCUGGAGGAGCGCGUUGUCGUGGUGCACCACAAUGCGGCCGAACGUGCACUUUAUUUGGGUCAAGCACAUGAAGCGCCCGAUGUCAACAGUUCGGGCCACAGAUAG